AUAACAUUAGAUUGUGCGCCUCGGCGAUGUUAGAAAGCGAAGAUGUCAGAACGAAGAAAUAAAUAAUUAAAACAUUUUAGACCACGGGGAAAGGCGAAUAUGACGGAUAUAUAUCGUUCGACGAUGAAAAGAGAAGACCAUUUGCCUCAAAUCUGCCUGCAUUUCUAUAAACAAUAACUCUUCCGGGAUCAAAAGGAAAACUACGGAAUGGGAGGCAGGACAAUCUUGGUUGAAGCGAAGCAGCACCCCGGCGGCAAUGGUAAAUAAAACUAAUAUAUAAUGUGUAUAAUUAAUAUACAGUACUUUUCUUACCCGUGGCCACUCAAAGACCUUGCCAAAUUGACCUAACAUACAUAGCCAGCUCGUCGGGACCUGUUAGGGUGAGGUAUUUUGCUCAGGGACACCUCGACACUCAGAUAGGAGGAGCCGGAGAUCGAACCAGCAACCUUCCGGUUACCUGCCAAGUUAACUCGCACGACCUGCUGCCCCCGAUGGCAUGACUACCGUACCCACGUUAGUUCACGACUGUUUUAUGUUUUAUAACUCUAUGCGUUUUGUUUUCGAUUGAGUGGGAUUAUUGGGAGUAUUUUACUUAAUCCAGACUACGAUGCUCCUCAAACAAAAAAGGAAACGAAUCGCUUUUCCCACCUCGGUCCUCCAAAACAAGCUACAAAUGGGAACGAGGAGGGGGUUUAAAUAGCAUAUUUUAUUGAAUUGUUUUCCAAUAGAAAAUAGAAAGAUGUCGGGGGACGAACGUCAAACGAGACAACUGACUGCCGCAGAGACUGCUGCAUCUUUGGACACUAUGGUCCAUGAGUUCAAAGAAGAAUUAUCCAGAAUCUUGCAGGAGAACGAAGAGCUUAAAUCAAAAUGCAGUUAUUUAGAGCUUCGGUUGACUAAACAACCGAAACCUAACAUCCUGGCAGUGGACUCUGAACAUGGGACAACUUGUGACAAAGGAGUCCAGUGCGACCUCUGUUGCAAUGAACAAGGGUUCAGAAACUCACUGCAAGGAAAUAUGGAGCAGAAAAAGGCGGAUCAGAGGAGGGGAGGUUACCAGAUCCAGCAGUUCCCUUUGAAUAUUCAUGGGGAAGAACCUUUAAUCAAGGAUGAGAUUCUGGAGCCAGGCCUGGUCCACACAAGAGUACCCAACGACGUUCCAGAUUCAGUGACUCCCCUUGAAAAAGGCCAGGAAGAUGACCACAACAAACUAACAAGAAACAUGUUGUGUCACUUUGAAAGGGUUGAAGAAUCUGAACUUGAUUCUCCACCAGAAGAAGGGCAAUCACAAAAGAUCUCUCAGGAAGUUUUCAGAGUGGAUGAAUCCAUGGCAAAUAUAAAUAAUGUUACAGCGCAGACAUCUUCUAACAGGGAGGUUAAAUCUGAACAUCUCAUCCAUUUAUCAGAUGAAUUGUCUGUCUCAAUGAAGGGUGAAUCUUGCGAUUCCGGAAUCGGCUUGAAAGAAAUCGGGGUUGAUGUCCAGACAGAAUCAUCAGCACAGACAAACGAACGCAGAGGUCCUCUGAUAAUUAGAGGGAAGGGCAAAGUUCCGUAUCCACACGUUAAUCUUGCCAUCAGAAAUGGUUUGUCAAUCAUUUACACGGCAACCUCUAGCAGAAGCCGGCCACCACAGAAGGCCAGUCUAUCUGAGCUCCAAAUCCAACCUGAAGCAGAAACCGGUCCAGUAUUGAGACUCCCGGGUAGGAGGCCUAGGAGCUUUGUUAAACAACUGCCAUUGCAGGGGACUAUGUCGCCCCCUCUAACAUCUGAUAAUUGUACAGCCAAAAAGGCAUCGGAGAGGCCCUCCAAACCUGUCGAGUUAGAUCAACAUGGUAGUGUUCCCUGCUUGGCAGCCUCUUUCCCUAUAGGGUACUUUUCAGAAGAUGCAGAACUAUCCGGUUUACAUCAAGCAUACAAGGAGAUGGAGGAAAACGUUGUUCCCCCAGCAGCUGAGGGUUUGGAACCCCCUCUGUCGGAGGUACCAAAAUCCAAAUCCACGGGAACAAGGAAACCGAGUCACAACCCAAAACGACAGGAGGCACUGCUACAGGUUGAAGCCAUAAAUCCUCAGACCCCCACAUUAGACGCAUUCGAAAAAUCCUCCUCUCAGCCAAAGAUGGCGGUGCCAGCCCAAACACAGAAUAUGGCUGGUUUUACAUCCUCAAAUACUCCUUUGACACCAAGCCUUUUUAUAUCCUCUGUGUCUCUUCAAACAAAAGCCAAAGACUGUGCUUCUUAUCCCUCUGCUUUAGUUUGCCAAAUGUCCAACAGCCUGCCUACUUUAGAUCAAUCCACCAAAAUACACUCUGUUCCUCAACUUCCUUCCGGUACCGGAAAUUCCGAUGUGUCUGCCAGUACUCCAUCUGCAGUGGUCCCUUCCAAAAGUUGGUCAAAGUCAUCCACCAAAUUAAAACAUGCGGUCAUUAUUUCAAAAUCAAAUGCAUCGGGAGCAACAUGUACAAGAGCUCAGUCACGUCUGCAAAACUCUUUUACAUCGAUAUCCAAAGUAGAAGCAUCCUGUGAUAGGUUAGGCGUUAGGUUAAACACAAAGGACGUACCUGAAACUAAGUUUGCUUCCACUCCAACAAUAAUGCAAUGGAAGUCAUCCAACCUUACAGAUAUUGAGGAAAAUGCAGCAUGUUCAAACACAGAAAACAUUUCCUUUGCAUCUGAAAGACCAUGUUUUGUGAACUUUGGGCCAAAGUCUUUACCAACAACCCUCCCCAAGGUUCAGCCCUCAACAGUUGCAUCAACCCAGACAGCGUCGUCCACUAUCAGAGAAUCGUGUUCGGAUUCUAAGACAUUACCUGUGUCUAGUCCCUCUAGCUCCAGCUCAAACAAGGCUUCUACAAAGAGACACACUGUGAAAGCAUUGAAGCAGGUUGCAAAGGAGAAAACAAAGGCUGCCCCUAUCCCCCUCAACAAUGACCCGGUUCAUCCCCUCCCAGAGAUAACUAAAACCCAGUUUUUUGUGCAGCUGUCCAUGGCCCCGGUGGUUCCCUGUCAGCAAAAGGAAUCCGUCAACGAUAGUGUGGAUUGUGUAGUUGCAGAGACGGUGACACAUAAUACUAAGUGCCUGAUACGAAAAGGUCAUGUGAAACGACUUAAACGAGCAGGACCUUCCCACGGCACGGAGACGACCAGUAAACCCACAGAGGACAUUCCUAAAGUUGAACAUUUGGAGACAGAUGAAUACCGCCCUGACAAGGCAGGAGAGCUCGCCCUAAAGCCAGAUUCUGCGAGUCCAAAAUGCAACGCUAAUAAACCAACUCCCUGUGGUCUCGAAGGCCUUAGAUCAGUAACAAACAAAUUGAGCUCUUCUACUAAAAAGCGUAGAUUAAAUCCAGAAAAGCCAAGACCCGAGGAGAGUGUCGGUUUGGUCAACAAUGCUUUUACUUUGAGGACAAUAAAGACUGAGACAGUUUGGAUACCACCAGUACUAGAAGGCAGUAAACCUGAACUGGGAAAUGAUAGCCGCUGCGACCGGCUUCCUACAAAGUGGUCCACUAGAUACGCAACUCCUAAACGGCUCACCAGUCCUCGUCUUGUCACACGAAAGCAUCGGCCACCCUUCACUCAGUCUGGUUCCAGUUCCAGUUCCACCAACUGCCCCUCUGCCCCAAGAACCGGCAGGUACUCUCACCGGGGGUCUACCCACCCCACACCUGCAGAAACGUCCCCCCUCCCGUCGACAUCGCAGCCAUUCUCGUUCAACAGAGAAAGUCUGCUCAGAAACCAGUGUGAACAAUGUGGCCGUGUCCUCAGCAGCAAAGCAGCCCUGCAGAAGCACGUCGGCCUCCAUUCAGGCAGGAAGCUCUUCUCCUGCUCCCUCUGCAGCCAGAUCUUCCCAGACCCGCAGGCGCUAACUCGACACGGACGGGUGCACCGCAACGGAACGAUAUACAUUUGCCCACAGUGCAAUGAGGGUUUUGCGUACAGAUUCGGCCUCACUCAACACCUGCAAAUGGUACACAGUAGAAUAAAACCCUUUGUUUGCCACAUCUGCCAGAAGAGCUACUUCUGGAGGAAAGAUUUUGAAUCCCAUUUCCGAGUCCACACCGGAACCGCACGGCAGUUCCCGUGCAAUCUCUGUGACAAAAGAUUCAACCGGAGAGUGGAACUGGUGGUCCAUCUGAGGAGCCACAGCAGGGAGAAGAGGCAUUGGUGUCCGUACUGUGGAAAGGAGUUCCUGGACUACAGCAACCUGAAAAGGCACAAGUACACCCACACCGGAGAACGGCCCUACGCCUGUGCCCACUGCACCAAGAGCUUUGUACAGUCCGGGCACUUGAAGAAGCAUUUGAGGAAUGUUCACAAGGUUGAUGUGUAUGCUGAUUUGCAAUAGGUCUGUGGCAUUGUUAACUGUAGCAAUAUGCUAGAAGAUAUGACCCCACCUGAUGAUUUACAAUGAGUCCUGCAAUUGUAUUGUAGUGCAAAGGUUCAAGCACUAAAAUAAAUGUUUGUUCGUUAGCUAUUGUUUGAAUUCAGAAGUGCUAGGUUCCAAGUCAAGUAUCGUUGUUUUUGUUCUCGAUCAUAAAAUCUUUGAUUUAACCAAACAUUUUGAAAGUAUUUAAUUCUCUUUGAAAUCUGGUGCAGCAGUUUAUCAGUUGCAUUAUGUGCGACAGAGUUAAAAAAUAUUUAAAGAAAAUUGUUUACAACAUUUUUAUUUCAUUUGAAUUGAUCCUCUCAUGUGGUGCGUUCUUAUUCACAAAAGGUAUUGAAGCAAAUAUUUUAAGUAAUAAUUGUAAAUUCAUAAAAA